AUGCAGAAAGAGCAUCAAUCUCUCAAAAAUCAGGAAGCAUUAAUCAUAGCAAAAGACUCCUUUAGGCAGGUUGAGUGGAUGGCGGCUCGUAACAACGACAUCCGAGAUAGAUUUUGGAAAAAAGGUCGAUCUGAGGUGACAAGUAGUGAUGAUUACAAAUCGCAAGAAGAAAUGGAACAAGUCUCGCCUUCGCCAACCCCGUCCAAGCCCGUCACUCCGAUUAAGCGUACACGACUCGAACAGUGGGAAGAGAGUGAUGACGUGAUUGAAGGAGAGGAGACCCCGGGUGAAGAAAAGGAUCUGACUUCAAAGCAUCCAAAGCGACGUAGGCCACAUGCCCCUUUGCUGAGCCUUGUGCCAUCAGACGACGACGACGAAGAUGAAGUUGAGAACCGUAAAGACGAAGGCAAUCUCCAAGAGAUCGACCAUGAAGAUGAAGAAGAUGCACCUUUGCCGGACGAGGCUACCCUCUUAUUUGGUCAAGCUGAGAAUAAAUGGGUUCUCCCAUCUGGCAAAAACGUUGGAGAAAUCUUCGUGGAAAAGAUUGGCAACAAUUCUGAAGCAUUCAAGUACAAAAAACGGCCAACAGCAAUUGAAAAGGCCACUUUACGUUAUGGAGCAUCGAAUAUUAUCGAUUUGUCGGCUCACAUGAAAGGAUGGUUUACUAUAGAAGAUAAAAAGUUCAUGACCAAAAAACACGAGGCUAUUCUCCGUGUUCCAGAUCUUCCGGAAGACGUCAAUACGUUCAUCUCAACAGUAGAAGACAUGGUUCGCAGGAGAGAAGUGAAGAAAGCACACGGCAUGUGCUUGAAAAAGAUUGAAGAAUCCGACGAAAAAAGCUGUAUGUAUAAAGUCGGCAAAAUUUACAGCGAUUUCAUUUUUAAAAGCAAGAAUACGGACAAUAUUCUGAGCUGUGGAGGCCAUAACGAAUCCACAGAAAUAGAUGCCAUAUUGAAGGCAUGUUGGUAUAUCAUUGAGGCGCUGAUGGAAGGUUCCCAAAUACAUUCAAAAUGGGGUGAGUCGUUUUGCCCGCCGAGCAGAAGUGAUGCUUACAGCAAAGGCCGCCGAUGUGACGUUCGGUUCUUGACAAGGUCGGGAAAAGACCUAGGAGAAUGGGAAUUUGCAGCGCGUGCUACAGCCGCUAAGGUCAUUGGUGACCGUUGUCGUUCGGCUCGAAUAAAUCAAUCCAUCUUGAACAACUUGUUGGGUUUUAACUGGAUGGACGAGCAGAUCGAUGGUGUUAACGUACCGUUCCUUCAAAUCGCUGGUACAAGUGGUCAAAUGCUUCUGAUAGACCUAACACAACAGUACUAUGUCGUAUUCCCAGGGGGCAGAUUUGAGCUGCCAACGAAUCUUCAGCAAAUCGGGAGGCUUAAAGGAUCUAUCCAGGUUUUGAAAUAUUGUAUGGACAUGUAUGGAGAAAGAGACAGAGCGAUCGAAAGCUUACAGAUUUAUUACCAUCCGUUCGAUGAAAUAUUUGGCGUCGACGAUGUCGUACCUACUCAUCGCAAAUUCCAACACAUCCGCAAGCCAUGGUGGACACAGAAAACCCAGCUGGAAUGCAGAGCCAACCAAACUUUAGAAUAA